UCUCUAUUCGCUAGGUAGAGGUGGGAGGGGAUUUCCAGGUUUUCGUGUCUUGUGACACUGAUUCCAGCCAUUUCAAAAUGCAGAAUAUCAUCAACUCCGUGAAGGGAACUGCCCUUGGAGUUGCAGAAUAUCUCACACCGGUUUUGAAGGAGUCAAAGUUUAAGGAAACAGGAGUGAUCACACCAGAAGAGUUUGUUGCAGCAGGGGAUCACAUCGUACAUCACUGUCCAACAUGGCAGUGGGCUUCGGGAGACGAGGCUAAAAUCAAACCAUAUCUUCCAAAAGACAAACAGUUCCUCAUCACCAGGAACGUGCCAUGCUACAAGCGUGUGAAGCAGAUGGAUAACCACCAGGAAGAGCAGGAGAAGGUCAUCGAGGAGGACGACGAGGACGGCGGCUGGGUUGACACUCAUCACUUCCCUGGUGAGCAAUCAGUUAGCGCAGUCGGGGAUGCUGUUGCUGAGAUGACGCUAGACCCAAAGGGUGGAAGCAAAGCCACAAGUAAUGCCGCAGGUGACAAUGAUGACGAUGAUGAUGAAGAUGGAGAGGCUGAAGACAUGGAGGCAUUUGAGGAGAGUGGGAUGCUGGAGGAGACGGAUGAGGGAACUCUCGACACGAGGAAGUCAACAGUGUCGGAGAGCGAGGGUGCUGCUGGCGGAGAGAGCAGUAUUAUAGCAACCCGGACAUACGACCUUAAUAUUACCUACGAUAAAUACUACCAGACACCCAGGUUAUGGCUGUAUGGCUAUGAUGAGAACCGUAAACCACUGACAGUGGAGCAGAUGUAUGAAGACUUCAGUCAAGACCAUGCUAAAAAGACUGUUACCAUGGAGGCACACCCAAAUCUACCAGGACCUUUUAACUAA